AUGGCGAAUUCCAAAGCUGGUCUCCUCGUGCUCCUCGUUGCCGCCGCGACUCUGCUUCACGCCUCGGGGCAGACGGAGCCAUUUCUGGUAACCAAGGCCCGUCAGACCCGCGCCGCCGCCAUCAGCGCCACCGCCGAUUCCCAGAAAGCCGACGCGCUCGCCGCGCAGCGCGCCCUGGAGCUUCUCGCUGCGAACAAGACUCUCGCCGACGCAACUGCCGCUUAUAACGACGCGUUACCACUCGUGAACCGCCUCAAGACUGUCCUCGCGACAAAAAUCACGGCGAAGAACAUAACCGCUGCAGCCAUCCCCGCUGUGCAGGAUAAGCUCGAUGCAGCCACGGCAAUUCUGGAAAAAACCAAAGCGUCAGGCACGAGCCUUGCGGAUCUGAAAGCAGCCGUCGAGGACGCAAAGAAGCGCGUCGAGAUGACGGCCCAACAAGUUGAGGGCCAGCAGGAAGAGCUCUACGACGCGCAAUCGACGGCCAUGCAGGCGGCGAAGGACGCUGCUAACCCUGAUCUGACGCCCACUGAAGCCGCGGCUGCUCAGACCGCGUUGACCGACGCGAAUGCGGCGCUGGCGCUCGCGAAGCAGAUUCUCGACGACAUGAUCUCACAGGCGAAUCGCGCAGAGCAGCUGGUGGCGAAGCGACAGGAUGCACUGGACAACCCCGACUCGGCGAACGCCGUGGUUGCGGCGCAGCAGUCGGCGGUUGACGACGCGCAGGCAGCGCUGGAUGCGGCGGUGAAGGCGGACGCGGCGGCGGCGGCGGCGGUGACGAAAGCGACGACCGACGUGAACGACGCGAGCGCGGCGAUUCCGAUCAAAUCCGCGGCGGUCUCGAACGCGAAGAUCUUGCAGAGCAAGGCUGUUACGCUGAAAACGAGCGCGGAUAGCUCUGCUGCGACGAUGAAGUCCAGGAUGAACACCGCUGUGUCUGCUGCUCAGUCCGCUGAGGCUGCUGCGAAGACUGCUGGUUACACGUGGAAUUGCGAGCCCACCGCAAGCAUGGCUCGUAAGCGCAAGGGGCAUGCUCUUAAUGACUGCCCCAAGGACUUAAACGAAAUCCCGUACAUCCGCUGGAUGAACCAGCAAAUCGCCAACGGCCGUCACCCCAGGGGCUUGUCCGCGCCACCCGUUCUUGACGGCCAGGGGUCUACUACACCGUCGCCUACGGCUGGGCCGUCGCGUAUGCGUCGUCAGCCUACCAGGACGGCGGCAACACACCGGCCCGCCGUGGAGGAACACGUAGCAGAUGACGACGACGACGAAGGCGAUGACGACUUUGCCUCCGACGACGAGGACGACGAACCUGAGGACCAAGGAAUGUCGCCCACCGACGACGACGACGAGGAGGACGCCGAUGACGCCGAGGACGACGACACCGAGGAAGCACAGCCGCGAGCCCCGCCGCCGAAACGGAAAACCGCACGCAAGGCCGCGUCUGAUAAGGGCAAAGGCAAGGCGGCGCAACCUGCAGCGCGCCCGGAGCCGCGUAAGAAACGGGCUGCUGCACCUGUCGAGCGCGGUUUAUGGUCUGACAAGGAGAGCACCAUCUUCGCUGCGGCAAAGUGGUUUCUCAAGGAGGAGCUCGAGCCCCUCAAGGGGAAACAGGGUACCCAGUACUGGGCGCGGCUACUCGCACAUAUCAAGGAGUCGAACCCCGGAUGGAUCCGAGGUGUCAAUGCGCUCCAGAAACAGUGGCGUAACCUAAUAGUGCUAUGGCGUGAGUAUAAGAAGGCCGACGAGGGGUCGGGCAACGGCUCCGUGGAGAAACCACCUUGGUACCCGUACGUUGACCUGCACAACCAGGACACCGCCGCAGCCGCACCUCAUGCCGUGGACGGAGGUGGCGCGAAUAACGUCAACGUCCCGGCAGGCAUGGAGGUUCCGCAAUCGUCCCAGCCAGGCACGUCAACCCCUUGUUUCAUUGCUCCUCCGCCAACGACUCCUGCCACACCGAGGCGUGCCCGGGUGCAUGAGACGGCCACCAUGCAAGCGGCCAUGCUCGUAUCUGCCACCAUCAAGGACUGCCAUGGCGACGCUAUGAACCGCAUCGAAGGCCUCGUCCGUGAAUGGAUGGCGCAAGAUCUCAGACUUGCCCUUGAGCGUAUGACAGAGUCGGCUCCCCCGGAUGUGCACCGCGCGCCCCAUGAAUUCUCUCCACCGCCGCCACGUGGGGAGUCCGCGCCUGCUCCCGAAACCGCACGGACGCGUGUGGACGAGGGCGACGGCGACACCGCUAUGCCGGCGGAUGAGGAUGUGGAAGUAUGGGUUCGCGGCGCCGACGAUUAG